UAAUAAGUCUCGGUCACCCGACUGAUCUUUUUUUGCCUCUCUACUUCUUCGUCCGCCUCCGUCCGGACCCUAAUACUUGCUCUGCCGUACACUGGAUUUAAUACUGCCGUCGCCCUACUUAUAAUCUACGUACUUGAUAAUAGGAAGCCCGAUACUCCGUCCUCAGCCUAUACACCGGCAAUCUUCCAGUAGCCAUCUAGUACUUAAUAUCAUUCACAUACACCACGAUGCCUUCGUUAAGAAAUACCUUGGCUGCGGCUGUUGCUUUGAUUGCUUCCGUCCGCGGCGACUAUGACAUCGAUCCGAGCUCGGUCUCCCUGACGAUCAGGACAUAUUGGUGCCAGAGCGAGAUCAGCACCUGCCCGCUGAUUUGCCAACAGACGACCUCGGAGCCGACCUUGGUCAACGACUGUGACGCGCAAACCCUCCGUUACGGCUGUGUAUGCGGCGAUGGAAAGCAACCGAACGUGUCCGAGUACUCAUUGACGCUCCCGUACUUCGUCUGUACCGAAUGGGGUAGCCAGUGUGUCACGGCGUGCGGACAAGACAACGCUUGCUCUAGCAGCUGCCGGGAGAACAAUCCCUGUGGCGCUCGGAACCCGACGAGGGCGAACCAGACGUCGAGCUCGGUCCCGUCGGCUACGUCUAGCACGGCCGAGCCUAGCGACGAAAAUACCAUCUUCAACGGCCUAGACGGAAGCCAGCAGAACUCGGACACGCCGGGCAGCGGCGCCUUCCGUCUUGCCGGUAACGAGGGCCUCUUCGGCUUUGCCCUGCUCGGCGCCAGCGUCUGUCUGGGGAUGCUGAUGCUCUAGGGGACGGGUCCGCGAAGAGCGGCCCCAUUUCGCCAAGAAUUCUAGCAACGCCAUCACAGCUCUUCUCCGGGCAAACUGCCGUUGGCCAACGAUGGUUGGUCCCGGGAUAUGCUUCGCCAGUCUCCCGGGCGGACCGGCGGAAGCGAGUUGGCCCGGCUCGUAUGCUCGGAGGUUCGCCGACAUGACUGAAACCGAUGCAUCGGAUCGCACAGUUAGCACGAUCGCGCUCGUCAGGCCCGCCGCCACCGCGUACUCGUACCAUCUCAGCAUCAGUGUGGAUAGACUCGGGAGGGGGUGUGGUAAUUCGGAUAAUGAGCACGUAAAUGGGAGGAGGGUUUGGG